AUGCUGGCUCAGAUCCUACAGGAGAUGUGGGUGGACCCAGAGGUUCUGGAGGCCCUGAGUGAAGACCAGAGGAGAACGUUGUUCCUGAAGAUGAGAGAGGAGCAGGUCAGACGCUGGACAGAGAGAGAGGAGAAGGAUGAGGGACAGAGGAGAACCAGGGAACACGGCAGGUCUAAGAAAGGUACAGCAUGCACACAUGAAUAGACACAUGAAUACACACGCAUGCACGCACGCACACACACACACACACACACCAGUCUUUUAAUAGUGAGUACAGAAUGCAGAAUCCUUCCAGACCAUGUACAGUACACUAGAUUAUACUUCAGAACACACCCCUGGCGUCAUGGUAACUGCAUAUGAGAAAUGAGAGUGUGCAUUUCAAAACUUCUGUUUUCCUUUCCCUGGGCGGUCACACCCACCUGUACCCUCCUCUGCCUCCUCUCCUCUCUCUGCCUGCACAGAAUGUUCUGUCCUUAGAUUCAACACACCAAAGGACAUACAGGCCAGGGAGAGAUGAAAACCCUUCACAUAUAGAAAGAGAGAAAGAGAGAGAGGGAACAGGAAGGGGGGAUGAAAGAUGGGGACAUGAGAGAGUGUGGGAGGUAGGGAUGCAGGGGGAGAGAGAGAGAUACAGGAGUAAUGAGGGUUAAAGAGACUGAGGAGGAGAAGAGAAAGCAGCAGGGAGAGAGAGAGAGAGAGAGAGAGAGAGAGAGAGAGAGAGAGAGAGAGAGAGAGAGGGAGGUACUGAGUAAUUGAGCAUGCUGGAGCACCCACCCCACUAUUCUGAGAACAACCCUGAAACCACACUCUACAGAAAGAGGCCUUCAGCUCAGGCCAAGUUCCACCACUCUCACUAACCCACAUCUCUCUCUUUCCCAUUCUAUCCCCCUCUCUCUCUAUCUAUCUCUCUUUCCCUGUCCCUUUCUCUAUCUGAUUGGAUAUAGAAUGUGACCUAUCCUUUCCAUUGGUUCUAAUAGAACAGUGUGUAUAUGUGUAAUGCCCAGAAUUCUCUCCCUCUCCCCCACUUUAUCUGAUAGGAUUUACAUUUACAUUUACAUUUUAGUCAUUUAGCAGACGCUCUUAUCCAGAGCGACUUACAGGAGCAAUUAGGGUUAAGUGCCUUGCUCAAGGGCACAUUUACGUCAUUUAGCAGACGCUCUUAUCCAGAGCAACUCACAAAUAGCCAGUGGGAUAACCACUUUACAAUUUUUUUUUUUUGGGGGGGGGGGGGGGGGGGGGGGGGGGGGGGGGUAGAAGGAUUACUUUAUCCUAUCCCAGGUAUUCCUUAAAGAGGUGGGGUUUCAAAUGUCUCCGGAAGGUGGUGAGUGACUCCGCUGUCCUGGCGUCGUGAGGGAGCUUGUUCCACCAUUGGGGUGCCAGAGCAGCGAACAGUUUUGACUGGGCUGAGCGGGAACUAUGCUUCCGCAGAGGAAGGGGAGCCAGCAGGCCAGAGGUGGAUGAACGCAAUGCCCUCGUUUGGGUGUAGGGACUGAUCAGAGCCCGAAGGUACAGAGGUGCCGUUCCCCUCACUGCUCCAUAGGCAAGCACCAUGGUCUUGUAACGGAUGCGAGCUUCAACUGGAAGCCAGUGGAGUGUGCGGAGGAGGGGGGUGACGUGAGAGAACUAGGGAAGGUUGAACACCAGACGGGCUGCGGCAUUCUGGAUGAGUUGUAGGGGUUUAAUGGCACAGGCAGGGAGGCCAGCCAACAGCGAGUUGCAGUAAUCCAGACGGGAGAUGACAAGUGCCUGGAUUAGGACCUGUGCCGCUUCCUGUGUAAGGCAGGGUCGUACUCUCCGAAUGUUGUAGAGCAUGAACCUGCAGGAGCGGGUCACCGCCUUGAUGUUAGCGGAGAACGACAGGGUGUUGUCCAGGGUCACGCCAAGGCUCUUCGCACUCUGGGAGGAGGACACAACGGAGUUGUCAACCGUGAUGGCGAGAUCAUGGAACGGGCAGUCCUUCCCCGGGAGGAAGAGCAGCUCCGUCUUGCCAGGGUUCAGCUUGAGGUGGUGAUCCGUCAUCCAUACUGAUAUGUCGGCCAGACAUGCAGAGAUGCGAUUCGCCACCUGGUUAUCAGAAGGGGGAAAGGAGAAGAUUAGUUGUGUAUCGUCAGCGUAGCAAUGAUAGGAGAGGCCAUGUGAGGAUAUGACAGAGCCAAGUGACUUGGUGUAUAGGGAGAAAAGGAGAGGGCCUAGAACUGAGCCCUGGGGGACACCAGUGGUGAGAGCACGUGGUGCGGAGACAGCUUCUCGCCACGCCACUUGGUAGGAGCGACCGGUCAGGUAGGACGCAAUCCAGGAGUGAGCCGCGCCGGAGAUGCCCAGCUCGGAGAGGGUGGAGAGGAGGAUCUGAUGGUUCACAGUAUCAAAGGCAGCAGACAGGUCUAGAAGGACAAGAGCAGAGGAGAGAGAGUUAGCUUUAGCAGUGCGGAGAGCCUCCGUGACACAGAGAAGAGCAGUCUCAGUUGAAUGACCAGUCCUGAAACCUGACUGGUUUGGAUCAAGAAGGUCAUUCUGAGAGAGAUAGCAAGAGAGUUGGCUAAAGACGGCACGCUCAAUAGUUUUGGAAAGAAAAGAGAGAAGGGAUACUGGUCUGUAUAUAGAAUGAGACCUAUCCCCUCCAGUAUAGUGUACUAGCAAGCCCUCUUAUCAGAGCUCUAUCGUCAGAAACACAGCUGCAGCGAUUGAUUCAUUCCACAUGCCUGCCUGCCUGCCCGGCAGAUUGAAUAGCAGUGCAUAGAAUUGAGUAAGCCCUGUGUUUGGUGUGGCUCACCGCUUUUAGCCCCGAAUAUCACGUUACCCCUUUGUCUUUCCAAUCUGUGCUCUAUGUGUCACCUGAGUGUGUGUGUGUGUGUGUGUGGCGUGCGUGUGUGCGAGCGUGCGUGUGUCACCUGAGUAGCAGUAGGCCAGUCCUCUCUCGUCUCUUAACACUGGGUGUUAAACUGAGCCGUAAAAGCGCUGUGUUGCGCAACACUUCACCAUUCUUCUCACAGGCCCUUUAUUCUCCUCUCACAGCCCCAUGGCCCAGAAAGACUCUCCUUACGUAAGACAGUACGUAGGUAACACAGUACAACAAUGUCACACACACACACACACACACACACACACACACACACACACACACACACAUACACACACACAUACACACACACACACAGCCUUUGGCCCAUCUUGUACAAUGAUUCCCAUAUUUCCAAAAUGAUUUGCUGCAAGAACAUUUCCACACCUUUUGUUGCAAUUUUGCUCUAUAUUACAUAGGCUUAUCUUCAGUUAUCUGAAUUGAAAUGAAUGAAUUGAAAUGGGUAACUGUUUUACAUUUAGGCUAGUUGCCUAUUCAUGUGUAUCGUGAUCAUAUAACUGUAAUGGUGACCUGUCUGUAACUAGAGACUAGAGGUUGUAUCCCACCAAUUGUUAGUCAUCUAAUUAGCACAGAUCUGUGGUCAGAUCUGAGUGAUUACUGUAAGGUGAAGACCAUAUACUAGUGUGUCAGUAAGGCAGUGUUUGUGCAGAGCCAGUAGACUGGACAAUAGACAAAGCUAGGUUCCUGCAGAGCAGACCUCAGUAAUGUGUUUGUUCACUGAUAAGACAACAGCACCAUCUGCUGGGCUGGAACCAGUAUGACAACCAGACUCCAUCAACGAAGUCUGAUGAUCGAUCUAAAAUGGAGAUAGGUUUUAAGAGUUCCCUGCUAUUGUAUUAUCUGUGGUAGUGACACAGUGUGAUAUUAAAUGUGUCUAUGUGUUUCUUUGUCUCCUCAGGUCACAGUAAGAGUGUGCGCUGGCUGUUGGGCCGUGAUGGGGAUGUGAGUGUGAGCGUGAUCGGAGAGGUGGAUGAAUUUAUAUCCUCCAAACUCCUCCAGACCUUCCGUACCAACACCAGACUACAGAGUACAGAAAUUAACAACCUAGUGGUUGAUAUCCAUACUGUGUCUCUACUGACAGACAGAGAGAACCACCAAACCAGCUCACAAUCAGCCAUACGGAUGCAACUCAGCGUAAGUGUGUUUCUAAGUGUGUGUGUGUGUGUGUGUGUGUGUGUGUGUGUGUGUGUGUGUGUGUGUGUGUGUGUGUGUGUGUGUGUGUGUGUGUGUGUGUGCGUGCGUGCGUGCGUGUGUGUGUGUGUGUGCGUGCGUGUGUGGUGUGUGUGGUGUGUGUGUGAGACAGAAAGAGAGGGAAAGAGGGAGAUAAAUAUUUAAGCUCUACCAUACAGGAUGUAGCUCUAUCAUACAGGAUGUAGCUCUAUCAUACAGGAUGUAGCUCUACCAUACAGGAUGUAGCUCUACCAUACAGGAUGUAGCUCUACCAUACAGGAUGUAGCUCUACCAUACAGGAUGUAUAUCUACCAUACAGGAUGUAGCUCUACCAUACAGGAUGUAGCUCACCAUACAGGAUGUAGCUCUACCAUACAGGAUGUAGCUCUACCAUACAGGAUGUAGCUCUACCAUACAGGAUGUAGCUCUACCAUACAGGAUGUAUAUCUACCAUACAGGAUGUAGCUCUACCAUACAGGAUGUAGCUCUACCAUACAGGAUGUAGCUCUACUAUACAGGAUGUAGCUCUACCAUACAGGAUGUAGCUCUACCAUACAGGAUGUAUCUCUACCAUACAGGAUGUAGCUCUCCCAUAAAGGAUAUCAGCUCUGCCAUACAGGAUGUAGCUCUACUAUACAGGAUGUAGCUCUAUCAUACAGGAUGUAGCGCUACCAUACAGGAUGUAGCUCACCAUACAGGAUGCAGCUCACCAUACAGGAUGUAGCUCUAUCAUACAGGAUGUAGCUCACCAUACAGGAUGUAGCUCUGCCAUACAGGAUGUAGCUCUACCCAUACAGGAUGUAUAUCUACCAUACAGGAUGUCACUCUACCAUACAGGAUGUAGCUCUACCCAUACAGGAUUUAGCUCACCAUACAGGAUGUAGCUCACCAUACAGGAUGUAGCUCUACCAUACAGGAUGUAGCUCUAUUAUACAGGAUGUAGCUCUACCAUACAGGAUGUAGCUCACCAUUCUUCUUCUAUUUCCAGCAAGAGUCAGACGGCUCUAAGGACUCUGAGGAGGACCAGUACUCAGGCAGUGCUGAGGAUGACCCAAAGGACCCCGGGGAGGACAGCAGCGACAGUGAGUCAGGCAACAGCACAGACGACCUAAAGGACUGGGGCCUCUGCUACAGACCCCACCGCAGCAACAUCAGCCUGUCUCUCCAACCCCAGCUGUCAGUCACAGAGAAGGCCCGCUCACAGGGCAGAGGAGGUGAGAGAGAAAGAGAGAGAGAGUGUGUUUUUGUGUGUGCAUACUUGCAUGUGCAUGUUUCUCUGGAAUGACAUGUCUACUCUACACUCGAUUCAAGUUAAUUGACUUAACAGAUAUUUCUACAAUCCUUUCCCUCUCUAUCUCUCUAGUGGUGGUCAGUCAUGAGGAGGAGAGCCCAGCGUUUGGUGGUCGGGUGGCCCAGCUCAGGAGAACAUUUGUCACAUCCUCUCCCAUCGCCAAGCCUCCUGUGCCCACCAAACCUCAGAGGUCCUCUCUGAGGUAACACAAGGGGCACCCACGGUCAACCAAUCACACAGAAGAGGUACUGCCCACCUGAAGAGCUCAUUUGAAUACCAGGUACAAGUGACCUACGGACAGACACUCACCUGAGCUACGGUGCCGAGAAAUAGGAGCUAUAAACUUAGCCGAGUCAAAGGUGGACAUGCAUGGCUGAGUGGGAGGAAUGCUUGACGCUGGUAUUCUGGUGAAGUGCCCCCCUUUGAAGGUUCCUGGAGACUGUGUGGUAGUCAUACAGUUCCACCUCUCCUUGAACCUAAAUACACAAGAGGGUUUGGACAUGGUUAACAUGAGCUAUUUCUACAUAGUUACAUGAGGUUUGUAUCUGAUUUGUACAUGGGGUGUUGGAAGAUAUUUAGCUUUACGUUUCUAAUCAUGAAUUUUGCAUAAUUUAUUUUCACUUUGCUGUCUCUGGUAUGUUUGGGCUAUAGGUCAAACCAUCCUGUCGUGUUUUUAGUUGCCUGAUCUUUUUUUAUUUAACAGUCUAACCUCGUAGGCUUUCUGGUCAUAUUCUGUUUUGUAUAUCUGCACUGUAACUACAUUUGUUUGAGGAGGUUAUUUCUAAAUUGUGUGUGAAACAUGCUUGUGCGAAACACAGAUUUCUUUGACCUGUUGGUCUCUAAUUCAGCUAAAUAAAAAUUCUGAAGAAA